AUGAUGAUGGAAUAUUUGAUGCAACAGCAACAUCAACAACGUCAACAUCAGCCGCGACAUGUUCGUCAAAAACUAUUCCUAACAACGGGAAUGUUAACAGUCAAAAAAAUAAUUUUAUUGGAUAUGUUCGAAAGGAGUCGAGCACAAGCGGUGGUGGUGGGGAUAAUAUCACAUAUAACAUCAACAACAUCAACACAAAUAUUGUCAACAACAUAA